GGAACCGUUGCUGGCAGCAUUGGUCGCGUACACAAUACUGACACAGCAAUCCAAGAAGUUCAACAGACCAAAGCUAGGUCUGGAGAAGCAUGCAAGCAUGUUUGAGACCCUGGCUGUGCAGCUACUGGGACCAGUACCAAGAGACAAGCGUGGAGCACACCGGCCGUGCUCAGUAAGAAGAGUCAGGCUUGGGGCAAGGUAUCCUCUUUUCGCAUGGCCAUCGACAGCCAGGCUGUCAUGUCACACGAGUCCUUCGAGCCGGUUAUUAACGAGGUGUGGAUGGGGGACCUCGCAAACUGCAAUAGCCGGUGGAAGGUCUUCUGUUUUUCCCUGCUUCAGAUGAGAUUCUGUCUCACGUACAAAAGAGCCAAAGGGCUACGGGAAAUGUGCCGCAGUUCAGCAGCAGCCCCUGUCAUCAAGUACUUCCGGUUCAUGCUGUCCUACCUCGCCUUCCUCACCAUGUACACGAUAAACCUGUUACUGGGUCGGGACGAAGCUUUCCCCGCCCUGGGCUGGAUCGUGGCUACCUGGGUUGUCACCGCGUUCAUUGAGGAACUCACACAGGUAAUCCGGUUCCGUGGGGUAUCUCUGAUGACAGCGUUAAUCUUUGUGCCGUAUUUAUUAUUUGUCGUGGGCUUCAUUCUUCGCAACCCACACCACGUGAUCCACUAUGAGAUUGGCACCUUAAUCCUGAGCAUCGCUCUCUCCUUCUUCUACCUGAACUCUCUGCGCUUCUUCCUGGCUUCUCGGCCAUUGGGAUAAAGGUUGUGAUGAUGAGAGAAAUGAUGUUUAACAUGGUAAUUUUCAUGAUCAUCAUGAUAACGAUCAUGUUUGGUUACGGAAUCGCCAUCGAGGUGACCUUGUUCCCUAACGCCACUAUUGCCGAGCAUGGCGCCAAGAAUCUUCUCCGCC